UGUAUUGAGUGUUGUUCAUUGGUCUCUGGGAAGCCUGGGUAGCAGUGGGGUGGGCAUGGAGCUGCUGAGUGGAACUGUCCUGUGGCCUGUGGCCAUAUUCACAGUCAUCUUCAUAUUACUGGUGGACCUGAUGCACCGGCGCCAGUGCUGGACUUCUCGCUAUCCACCGGGCCCUGUGCCAUGGCCUGUGGUGGGUAACCUGCUGCAGGUAGAUGUGGAUAACAUGCCAUACAGCUUUUACAAGCUUCAAAACCGCUAUGGUGACGUGUUCAGCCUGCAGAUGGGCUGGAAUCCCAUGGUCAUUGUCAACGGACUGAAGGCAGUACAGGAAGCACUGGUGACCUGUGGAGAAAACACUGCUGACCGCCCUGAAAUGUCCAUCUUUCUUCAACUAGGAUAUGGACAAAAAGCUGAAGGUGUGGUACUUGCACCUUAUGGGCCUNAAUGGCGAGAGCAGAGGCGAUUCUCUGUGUCCACCCUGCGCAACUUUGGCCUGGGCAAGAAAUCGUUGGAGCGGUGGGUGANNGAGGAGGCCGGCCACCUCUGUGAUGCCUUNACUGNCAANGCNGGUAGUCCCUUCAAUCCUNACACCCUCCUGGAUAAAGCCUUGUGCAAUGUGAUUUCAUCUCUCAUUUAUGGCCAUCGCUUCGAGUAUGAAGAUCCUGACUUCAUCAAGGUGCUGAAAGUAUUGAAAGAAAACAUCAGGGAGAAAACUGGCUUGAUCCCUGAGGUUGUGAAGAUGUUCCCAAUUCUCCUGCGCAUCCCAGGGUUGGCUUACAAAAUCUUCCCCAUGCAAAAGACAUAUCUCACCAUGGUGGAUAAGUUGGUGACUGAGCACAAGAGGACCUGGGACCCUGACCAGCCACCUCGAGACCUGACUGAUGCCUUUAUGGCUGAGAUGGAGAAAGCAAAGGGGAACCCUGAGAGUAGCUUCAAUGAAGCAAAUCUAUUUCGGGUUGUCCUUGAUCUGUUUGGUGCUGGGACUGUGACCAGUUCAACCACUCUGACCUGGGCCCUGCUGCUUAUGAUCCUGCAUCCAGAUGUUCAGAGCCGAGUACAAGAGGAAAUCAAUGAGGUCAUAGGGCAGGUGCGGCGUCCAGAGAUGGCAGACCAGGCUCGCAUGCCCUACACCAAUGCUGUCAUUCAUGAGGUGCAGCGCUUUGCAGACAUCAGCCCAAUGACUUUGCCCCAUAGGACUUCUUGUGACAUUGAAGUGCAGGGCUUCCUUAUUCCUAAGGGAACGACCCUCAUCGCCAACCUGUCCUCUGUGCUGAAGGAUGAGACUGUCUGGGAGAAGCCCCUCCAAUUCUAUCCUGAACACUUCCUGGAUGCCCAGGGCCACUUUGUGAAGCCUGAGGCCUUCAUGCCAUUCUCAGCAGGUGCCUCUGGGUUGCCUGUCUGCCUGUCUAUCCCUGGAAUCCUUAGAGGGUGGAGCACCAAUCAGUUUCCAGUCAGACUGUGCCCUCUGCCACCCACAGGUCGCCGAGCAUGUCUGGGUGAGCCCCUGGCCCGCAUGGAGCUCUUCCUCUUCUUCACUUGCCUCCUGCAGCGCUUUAGCUUCUCAGUACCGGAUGGACAACCCCUUCCCAGUGAUUAUGGCAUCUUCUCAAUGGUAGUUCGUCCAGCACCCUACCAACUCUGUGCAGUGGUUCGCUAGAAGGGGUAGUGGUUCCAGUCUUCUCCCCAGUUUGGGCUUAUUGAUUGU